GCCAGGGGCAUUAAUAGAAUUCCCGUAAAGAAAAAUCGUCCCACGGCUGAAUGUAAUUAGGGACGUCUGCCAUAGGAUAUAUAAUCAUUAAUACCUGAGCACGCUCCUUUCAGAGACGCAGGAGAAACAAGCCAGCUCAGGGUGACCAUCUUACUUGUUACUACUACAACUGAACCAGCUACUACCACACCUGUACCCAGCAUCAUGCUCCUUGUCAGACUGACUGCGUUCACCUUGCUGGCUGCAGUUUGCUGUACACUACCAGCUGCAGCGACGAGAGUGGUCACCUGUGACAAUGGAGAAAACGUCCAGUUCCUGAUCUGUGAUUCUGGAGUGAUCUUCAUUGAGAGAGCUCUGUAUGGAAGGACUGACGGAACCACCUGCAAAGAAGGACGACCUGCCAACCAGCUGACCAACACACAGUGUUCACAGACGGGCACCCUGGAGGUCCUCUCACACAGGUGCAAUGGGAAACAAGUGUGUGAAGUGAACACUGAAGUCUUUCGUACUUCUGACCCCUGUGUUGGAAUCUACAAAUACCUGGAAACCACCUACACCUGCCUCCCAGCAACACGCAGCAUCACGUGUGAAGGCUCUGAUGUUCAACUAGAAUGUGAUGAAGGAAUGAUCCAGAUCUACAGUGCCAACUAUGGCCGCCGUGACCAGCUAGUGUGUUCCUUUAAACGGCCCGCUAACCAACUAGCCAACAUCAACUGCCUCAGCCAAUCCAUAACCACCAGUAAGGUGGCAGAGAGGUGUAAUGGGAAGAGCCAGUGUGACGUCCCGGCGUCCAACUCUCUGUAUGGAGAUCCCUGUGUAGGAACCUACAAGUACCUGGAUGUGGCUUACACUUGUGUAAUACCUGAACACGCUCCUUUCAGAGACGCAGGAGAAACAAGCCAGCUCAGGGUGACCAUCUGUAACAUCUUACUUAUUACUACUACAACUGAACCAGCUACUACCACACCUGUACCCAGCAUCAUGCUCCUUGUCAGACUGACUGCGUUCACCUUGCUGGCUGCAGUUUGCUGUACACUACCAGCUGCAGCGACGAGAGUGGUCACCUGUGACAAUGGAGAAAACGUCCAGUUCCUGAUCUGUGAUUCUGGAGUGAUCUUGAUUGAGAGAGCUCUGUAUGGAAGGACUGACGGAACCACCUGCAAAGAAGGACGACCUGCCAACCAGCUGACCAACACACAGUGUUCACAGACGGGCACCCUGGAGGUCCUCUCACACAGGUGCAAUGGGAAACAAGUGUGUGAAGUGAACACUGAAGUCUUUCGUACUUCUGACCCCUGUGUUGGAAUCUACAAAUACCUGGAAACUACCUACACCUGCCUCCCAGCAACACGCAGCAUCACGUGUGAAGGCUCUGAUGUUCAACUAGAAUGUGAUGAAGGUACGAUCCAGAUCCACAGUGCCAACUAUGGCCGCCGUGACCAGCUAGUGUGUUCCUUUAAUCGGCCAGCUAACCAACUAGCCAACACCAACUGCCUCAGCCAAUCCAUAACCACCAGUAAGGUGGCAAAGAGGUGUAAUGGGAAGAGCCAGUGUGACGUCCCGGCGUCCAACUCUCUGUAUGGAGAUCCCUGUGUAGGAACCUACAAGUACCUGGAUGUGGCUUACACCUGUGGCUAAACGCAAUCUUCUGAGGAACAAAGACCAGAGACUUCUUGGAUAUCUUCCUCUUCAUUGGGUGGAUGUCUUUCUUUCCGGUCCUCUCGCCUCCUUCUGAAAUCUCAAUUGAGUGUAAAAUCUGUAAAUCACAUUGUGUAUUUGGUCAUAGGCAUAAUUUGUGUGUAGUAACAUGUUUUGAAAUGAGGCCCCUCUGGAUCCUUAUCCCUGGUGCUGCAGCAAGGCACGGUCAAGAGGAUGAAUGGAGAAAUAAAACAUUAACCCCAAAAAAUGAACUUUAUUUCAAAUAACUUUGUUACCAUAAUACUUAGUGCACUUUGUGUACUCAAGUAUUUCUUCAAAACAAUGAUCUUGUGAGCUGUGCUGUUUGAUCUGAAUUAAACUAAGCAGCAUAGA